CACCUGCAACAGACGGGAAUUCCACCUGAAUCACAAGAUAAAGUUUCAGUUCUUGAUUCUGGACCAGAAAUGGCUGAACCUCAGGUGGUUGUUGCUCCUGUGGUAACAUCAAAGUUGUCUGCUAAAGCACCUGAGUUUUAUCCAUCAGGAUACAUCCAGAACUUCAAUCAGAACUUCACAGAUUCUUCCUUUGAAGACAGAUACGAUGGCUAUCUGACUUUGGCAGAAUACGUACAAGACUUCCUAAAUCACCUCACUGAGCAACCAGGUUGUUUCGAAACUGAAAUAGAACAGUUUGCUGAAACACUGAAUGGCUGGGUCACUGCAGAUGAAGCUUUACAAGAACUUGUUGAACUCAUCUAUCAGCAGGCCACAUCUGUCCCAAAUUUUUCCUACAUGGGAGCACGGUUGUGUAACUAUCUAUCUCACCAUCUAACCAUUAGUCCACAAAGUGGGAACUUCCGGCAGUUGUUACUUCAAAGGUGUCGAACAGAAUAUGAAAACAGAGAUGAAGCUACAAAAGGAGAUGAGACUACUCGAAAACAAUUUCAUGCCUUUGUGCUGUUCUUAGCUGAACUCUACCUUAACCUAGAGAUUAAAGGAACAAAGGGACAGGUAAUGCGAGCAGAAAUUCUUCAAGAAGGCCUUCGGGAAUUACUAAAUGCGCUUUUCUCUAAUCCCGUGGACAGUAAUUUGAUAUGUGCAGUGAAACUGCUGAAGUUGACAGGCUCAGUUUUAGAAGAUGCCUGGAAAGAAAAAGGAAAGAAUGAUAUGGAGGAAAUCAUUCAGAGAAUUGAAAAUGUUGUGUUGGAUGCAAACUGUAGCAGAGAUGUGAAACAUAUGCUACUGAAACUAGUAGAACUGCGAUCAAGUAACUGGGGUAGGGUUCAUGGAACUUCUUCACAUACAGAAGCUACCCCUGAAAAUGACCCAAACUAUUUUAUGAAUGAGCCAACAUUUUACACUUCCGAUGGCGUUCCUUUCACUGCAGCAGAUCCAGAUUACCAAGAAAAAUACCAAGAGCUGCUUGAAAGAGAAGAUUUGUUUCCAGAUUAUGAAGAAAAUGGAACAGAUUUAUCAGGACCUGGAGAUCCGUAUUUUGAUGACAUUGAUGAUGGGAUGGAUCCAGAAAUUGAAGAAGCAUAUGAAAAGUUCUGUCUAGAAUCAGAACAUAAGAGAAAACAGUAAGAUGUUACACAAUAAUGUUAGUUUAUUAAGCCAGUUUGGGUAUGGUUAGAAUACAGGGGGACACAACACAUUUGUACCAAAAUAAUGAAUUUGAGUUAGAUUUCUAAGUACUAAAGUUAUACAAUUUCAAUUUUGUUUAACAGAAUCUGCCAAAAAUUGUAAACUUAUGCCCUGUAACUUAAAAUUUUGUGUAUAUAUCAUAGUUUAUGUACAGGUAUAUGAACAAUGUUUUGGCUGCAAUAAAAACUAUUUAAAAGUUAUCAUAAUUGAAAUUAAAAUUUAAUGGGAAACUGUCCCAAUAAA